AUGAAUAGCGACACCUCUCCCUUCGAUCCAUUCGAGUCGAUACGACACAUUCCCCAGUACUACAAUAACGCCGACUCCCACAACUCGGCUCUGAGUCUCAUACUCACUCUUCGUCCAGAAUGGCGAGAGUCCAAGGACACGAUUGAGUUUGUGCGGUUUACGGACGGCAUCACGAACACGCUCUUGAAAGCAGUCAACAAGCUCCCCGGGCUCACGCAGACCGAGCUGGACAACGAAGCGGUGCUCCUCCGCGCAUACGGAAAGGGCACUGACGUUCUGAUCGACCGCAAGAAGGAAACGUCGUCCCACUGCCUCCUCGCCCGCCACGGCCUCGCCCCUUCCCUCCUCGCACGAUUCGAAAACGGUCUCCUGUACAAAUUCAUACAAGGCAGCGUGUGUGCGCCCGCCGACCUACGGCGGCCCGAAAUAUGGCGAGGGGUAGCGUCCAGGCUGGGAGAAUGGCACGCAACACUACCAAUAUCAAGCAUCAGCAGCACAUGUCCCGCACCCACACAAAUUGCUCCUGCAAACAAACGUGCCUCUCUGGUCGCCAUGGCAGAACUGACGCCAGGAAAGCCCAUCCCCAACGUGUGGACCACGAUGCAGAAAUGGAUCCUCGCGCUGCCCACAAGCACCACUGCACAAGUCGAGCGCCGAGACCUGCUGCAGCGAGAGCUCGAGUGGCUGGUGAAGCUGCUGGGAGACUCGCCUGGCGUCGGCGGUGAGAAGCAGUUCGUCUUCGCCCAUUGCGACCUCCUGAGCGGCAAUGUCAUUAUUGAGCCCGCGCCCUCGUCCGCUUCGGCGUCCCGCCGCUCCAGCGCGUCAAGCGGUUCCGAUGAGUCUGAACCGACAGAAACCGUUCACUUUAUUGACUACGAGUAUGCGACGCCCGCGCCCGCGUCCUUUGACAUUGCCAACCACUUCGCCGAGUGGGGCGGCUUUGACUGCGACUUCACCGUCCUCCCAACGCGCCACGUCCGCCGGGCAUUCCUUCGCGAGUACCUCCGGAGCUACAACCUGCAUCUGAACCGCGCGCACAAGGAGUCUGAGCUGGACGACUUGUUCGACCAGAUCGACAAGUUUCGGGGCGUGCCUGGCUUUUACUGGGGUAUCUGGGCGCUGAUCCAGGCGCAGAUCUCGCUCAUUGACUUCGACUAUGCAAGCUACGCGGAGAUCAGGUUAGGCGAAUACUGGGCCUGGAAGAGGGAGAUGAACGGCGAGAGGCAGAGGGCCGGCGAGGAGAUGCCUGUGCGAGAGAGGAGGUGGGCGCAAGAUGUGUGA